GUCACUGUAUCACCAGGUCACUUGUGUUUAGUACCUCAGACGGGUGCUUGAAGCCCUGGUGGCAAAAACAGAACCCAGCGACUGGACUGCAGAAAGUUGCAGAGCAGCCACUCUAAGAAAAACUAAGAAAGAGACUCCUUAAUAGCACCAUACAUAGUGCUGAACAUGUCCCCAGGACAGUGACCGCCUCUUCGUCUCGGGGGGAAUGGUCCAGAGUGCAGGAUGCCACUUGGCCUCAGGCUGUUUGACUGGCUGGUAUCCGUGAUCAAUAGCAGCGUCUGUGCAGACCCUGACUCCUGGACCACUUUCAUAGGCCUGCUGGAUGUGUAUGGAUUUGAGUCCUUUCCCGACAACAGCCUGGAACAGCUGUGCAUCAACUACGCCAACGAGAAGCUGCAGCAGCACUUUGUGGCUCACUACCUGAGGGCUCAGCAGGAGGAAUAUGCAGUCGAGGGCCUGGAGUGGUCAUUUGUCACUUACCAGGACAACCAGACCUGCUUGGAUCUCAUUGAGGGGAGCCCCAUCAGCAUCUGCUCCCUCAUAAAUGAGGAAUGCCGCCUUAAUCGGCCAAGCAGUGCAGCCCAGCUCCAGACACGCAUCGAGAGUGCGCUGGCGGGCAGCCCCUGCCUGGGCCACAACAAGCUCAGCCGGGAGCCCAGCUUCAUCGUGGUGCAUUACGCAGGGCCCGUGCAGUACCACACCGCAGGCCUGGUGGAGAAGAACGAGGACCCUGUCCCCCCUGAGCUGACCAGUCUCCUACAGCAAUCCCAGGAUCCCCUACUCAAGGUGAUGUUUCCUGCUGACCCCGAAGAGAAGGCCCAAGAGGAGCCCUCUGGCCAGAGCAGAACCCCUGUGUUGACUGUGGUGUCCAAGUUCAAGGUGGGUCUGGGGGUGCUGAUAUGAUGUGCUUGGCUCACUUACCAAUCUCAAAUAUUUACUGAGCACAUCCCAGGAUUGGUACUGUGUGCCAGGGAACGUUGACGAAUCAAGUAGAUGUGGUUCCAGUCCAACGGAGUUGGUAGUCUCACGGGGAAGACCAAGACAGGAAACUGACAGAGACAUACAACUGACAGGAUUGGAAGCCUGGGGGCUUGUGGGUGGCACAGUGAGGGCCUCUCACCCAGUGCUGAUAGGGCCGUCGUGGAAGAGCAGUACUUAUGUGAACCUCUGUGCCCUAGUCCGUUCCCAGUUCUCCAGCUUCCUGCUCCAGCUCUGUCCUUGCCUAGCAGAUUUGUCACCUCCACCAGCACCUUUUGCUUUCUGCCAGCUUUCAGCCCUUGCACAUUCUGUUCUACCUCCGAUGCCCCUGCCCCUCCCCCCACUCCCACCCUCCACACCCCUU